AUGGUUGCCAAUUGCUAUAAAAUACAGAAGAGUACAGACGACGAGACGUUUCAGGAGCCUGGACACUUCGCUAAGAGAAAGAGAGGAAGACCUAAGGGGAGUCGGAAGGUGCAGAAAGGAGUUCAGAGGGAGGGGGAAGCAAAUACAUGCUCGAUCUGUCAGGAUCGACUGAGUGAUCCAGUGACUAUUCCUUGUGGACACAACUACUGUAUGGACUGUAUCAAAACCCAGUGGGACCUACAGGAUGAGGGGAUGAUCUACAGCUGUCCUCAGUGUGGACAGACCUUCACACCAAAGCCUGACCUUGUGAAAAACAUUGUGAAAACAGUUUUGGAGAAGAAGCUGAAGAAGACCAGACUCCAAGGUCCUCCUGAUGAUCACUGCUAUGCUGGAUCUAAAGAUGAGGCCCAUGGCGUUGGGAAGAGGAGGAGACCAAAAGCUGCAAAGUGCUGUUCGUUCUGUUUGCCCUCUCACUGCGGAAAACCUCUUCGCUCUAGCCAUGAAUCGCCACCAUUUAAAAAGCACAAGCUCGUGGAUCCCCCCAAGAUGAUGACGAUGUUCUGCCGCGCGGAUCAGCAGCGUAUCCGUUAUCUCUACUGUGAGGAUCAACACGGAGGCCACGACACAGUCUCGGCUGCAGCAGAAAGGACGCAGAGGCAGCGAGAGCUCAAGUGGAGUUGGCAAGAAAUCCACCAGGACAGACAGAAAGACGUGAAGGUGCUUGAACAGCAGGUUGGGACUGUGAAGGUGGAGGGCGGUGGGAGGUUCAGAUCUCAUCAGCAGGAGAUGGCAAAAGAUGUGGAACGGAAGCAGCUCACACGACCUCAGGAUUCCAACCACUUUCCAUUCAACUACUUCAGUCAAUUGACACACUCAUCCAGCAUCAACACCCGGCCUCUGAGGUUCACAGACGACCUGAAAGACAUGUCAGAAAUCAGUGAUCAACUACAGGACUUUCUAACAUGGACAAACAUCUCAAAGAUUCCAGUGGAAGUUUCUCUGCCGCAACCAGAGCCCAAGACCAGAGCCGAGUUCUUACGAUACACAAAGGAAAUCACUGUUGAUCCAAACACAGUACACCGACGUCUGUUGUUAUCCGAGGGAAAUGAAAAAGUCACAAUAACGGGGGAGGAACAGUCUUAUCCCAGUCACCCAGACAGAUUCAUCGACGAGUGGCAGGUGCUGAGCAAAGAGAGUCUGACUGGACGUUGUUACUGGGAGGUGGAGUGGAGAGGAGGAGGUGGCGUUGGUGUAGCAGUCACAUACAAGAACAUCAGCAGAGCGGGACGCUCAGGAGAAUGUGGAUUUGGAUACAAUGACCAAUCUUGGGUGUUGGAUUGUUACCCAAAGUGUUGUAAUUUUCUUCACAACAGAGUCAGCACUGAAGGCUCAGGUGGUGUGUCCUCCAGAGUGGGCGUGUACCUGGAUCACAGUGCAGGGACUCUGUCCUUCUACAGCGUCUCCGUCUCCAUGACUCUCCUCCACAGAGUCCGGACCAUGUUCACUCAGCCUCUCUAUGCCGGAGUCGGUCUUUUUUAUUUUGGAUCCACAGCUGAGGUCUGCAAACUAAAAUAG